UUGUCUAAUGCACAUUUUGAAUGUCACCAGAUUGAGCAGUUUUUGAGGGAUAAUGUGGACGAGAUCAUUAGGCAGUACGGAGGAAAUGAAACCCAAACGUCUUGGAAACUUCUAGACAGUGUGCAGACUUCUGCACAAUGCUGUGGUAGGCUGACCUCAAAUGAAUGGAGGAAUAACACAGUUAUUGAGUCGCUGGGGGAGACUGACAUUUACCCUUGCUCCUGUUUUAACGGUACCUGCCCUGUAAUUCUAGCUGGAACACACAGCUUUGGAAACGGAUCAGACAUCUAUAAAACGGGCUGUGAGAAGGUUUUGGUGGACUGGCUAGAGAUGAAUAUAAUCGUAAUAUUUGGAAUGGAUGUUGGGCUUCUUUUGAUUCAGAUUCUGCAGUUUAUCUUUGGCAUCCAAACCUUCAAAUGCAUCGGCCGCAAGACGAGGGAACCGCAUCCCAAUAAUCUACUGAAUGCCAUGGAGGAGAAUCCAGCAGCGCAGCCUGAACACCAGCAGUACAGUAUGGAAAAUCAGCAGUUUGAUAGUCAAACCUAUGACCCUCAAAUGGACAGUGGCAGCUAUCAUCACGGUGGAUAUGUUGACGGGAAUUAUGACCAGUAUAACAAUCCUGAAUUUUAUCCAGAACAGGAUAACAGUCAAAUGUACAAUAGCCAACAUAAUUUGCAUUACCAACAGAGCUACAAUCCUGAUGAUUACUGAAGCCACAUUUCUUCUCUCAUGUAACGUGAUCAGAUUGGGAUGGGCUAAUUUGCUGUUUUAAAAAUAGCAUUCUGUACAAAGAGCAAGCUGUGGUCUGUGCCUGACCAAAGACAUCUAAAACCUUCUCGUAAGACCAUUGUUUUGUUUCACUAAGUUCAGGUUAGUGCCUGUUCCCAGGAGUAUCAUCUGUCAUUUUAAAGACAACCAGCAUCUUUUUCUCAAACAAUUCAUUCCAGACCUCUAAAAUCAAAGGCUUUUUAAGACAAAAUAUUUCCGUAGAAGUCACAGUUCAGGGUCUGAUGACAGACAAUUAACUAUCUCUUUUUAUUUUGGCAGAUUUCAUAAGUUUCCGUUUUAUUUUAAUGCCCCUUGACAAGUUUACAGGUAUUGUAUAACUGUAGUAGUGUAAUUAUAUAAAAAUACUGACCUGAAAUUAUAACCAAUAUAAUAUGAGACAAUCCACACAAUAUACACACAAUCCACACAAUAUAACUACCAACAAUAAUAUUAAAACACUGUUAUAUGGCAAAAAUAUUCAAAACACGUUUUAAAUAAAGAAUACAAAUCUACGUUUUCUACUUGAACCAUACAAUUAAAAAUAAACAUGUUUUAUAUACAAAGGCUAGAUUUACAUUAUUUGGAUUAUUACUAAUCAAUAGAGAACAAAAAAAAAACAAUGUGUAUAAACCAUUAGUCAUCCUUUGCUUUUCGUGCCACGAAGAUUCCUCGCUCUCGGUUGUGAUAUUCGGAUGAUUCGAGAAGUUGUUUUGUAAAUCACUGCACACUCAGACCUGCUUUAUGAGUCAAGACUUGAUGUUAAUGACACUGGGGGCCAUUUAGUGUGAGUCGGCGAGUCAAGAGUGGGCUUUGACUGAAGUUUGAUGGACAACACUCUCUAUAGGCCAUAAAGAGCGGCGUGUCUGUCUGCAUGAGAGGGCCCUUUGUUACGGUCGCUUUGUGGUUGAUGAUAGCCAGGCUGACAUUACCGACCUCGUGUGGUUAUGAGUUGGCAGUCAUGCUUUACGACAACAGUUGACAGCGCACGCAUUGAUGGAGACAAGGAGAAAGUUACAUGGAGAGGAGCUUGAGAUUUCCACUGCCAGUACCUGAUUCUGCUCUGGACAGAGUGAUGCACAAUGAGUCAAUGGGAGAUUUUCAGGACUGUCUGGGAUGCGCUGGGACAGUGACACAAAAGUUAUUCCAAAAUAGCAUAAAAGGGUCUUAUUUAAUAUGAACAUGUUCAUCAUAAAAUAGUAUAAACCCACAAUGUCUCCAAACCCAUUUUUCUUAAUUGUGUACAAUAUAUCUAUUAUUUUAUAGUUUGAAACCAAAUAAACUUCUUCUCGUAAAAUGUUCUACUUGAAAAAUGUGUAAAUUGUACUUUAUUUCUUCAAAAUAGCCUAAAGAUAACUUGGUUUGGUAUUUUGUUAUAUAAUGCAUUGGAAAUCAUACAUUAAGUGCAGCUUAAUGCCGAGUUCACACUGCACGAUUUUAGCCCGAUUUUU